AUGUCUUCCGAGCUUCCGACAUCCUUCGCUUCCGACAAAUUCAGCUUUGAGACAGCACUCAUGAGUCUCUUCUCCGGGCCGCCCGAAAACGCCGAAUCUGAUUUUCUCAAGGUCUUCACUCCCACUUCCACCAUGCGCGCCGACGACAAGAAAUUCGAUUUUGCUGCCUUUGUCGCCCAAAACCGCCGGGUCCGAGAACUGAAGCCCAAAGUCUCGAUUAAGGUGACCCAGUUCCUUCGUGACGGAAGGCAAUUUGCGGAUAUGCAUGAAUCUACUACAGAAUUGUUGGACGGUACAUUGAUGGAGGCUGAGACUUUCAUGUUUGGCGAGGUUGCGGAGGAUGGACGACUCGCUUGGAUUGUGGAAACGGUUCGACACAUCAAACGAGAUCCGAUUGUUGACGCAAUUCGCCUUGGGAAAUAA